AACACGUUUAGGUCCCUUUAUAUUCAUAUCAUCAGAUUCUGUAAGAUUCAAGAAGUUAAAGAGAGAAAAAUGGCGAAUUUUGUAUUGCAACUUCCAAAUAACCUGCGUUUGCGGAGCUUCACUGUCUCAUCCUCCUCUAAUGGGUCAACUCCUGGUGUGCCUCAAUCAGCGGGGCCAGUGAUUCUUGAACUUCCCCUUGAUAAGAUCCGAAGGCCACUCAUGCGUACCAGAGCUAAUGACCAGCAAAAAGUGAUGGAACUGAUGGAUAGUAUUAAGGAAAUCGGGCUUCAAGUACCUAUUGAUGUGCUUGAGGUGGAUGGAGUUUACUACGGGUUUUCUGGUUGUCAUCGCUAUGAAGCUCAUCAGCGGCUUGGCCUUCCAACUAUUCGUUGCAAGAUUCGUCGUGGAACAAAAGAAACCUUGAGGCACCAUCUUCGAUAAGGUCAUGCUGAAUUACUCUAAAUGGGAGAAACGUGAUAAUAGCUCGUCUUCCAGUACUGUUGAUGUAUAUCUAAUGUAUAUGCAUAAAAUAUUUGCCAGUGUUUGAGGUAUUCAGUACCUAAAGUUGGAGUUUGUACACCAGAGACUUGGUUGAUGAUGCAAAAGAAGAUGAUGAGUUUGUGCGUUGUUAUACAAAUCCCAGGCUAUAUUACACCAGUAACCCAAAGCAACGUUGCACAACUGUUGUUUAGCUUUCCCCGGAAGGGAUUUUCAUCUUCUUUUUGUCGGUUUCUCGUUCUUCCCCUCUGCUAUGGACUACUGUUUGGUAAAAAUGCACCCUUAUGUUUCUCUCA